AAAAAAAAAAAAAUACAAAAAAAACAUGGAGCAGAAGGUACCACAAUCAGAGCCACAGUCCCAGAAGGCAAGUCUUCAUCAGAGUGACGCAGAUGAUGAUGAUGAGAACGUGAAACAGCUCAAUGAAUGUUCUUCUCUCUACUUGUCCUUGCAGGAUUGUCUUAUUAAAAGUAAUAGAAAUUGGAAGUCUUGCCAGAUGGAAGUUCAAGCUUUGAAGGCAUGCAAUGAAAGAAGGAAAAAAUGACAAAGGGAACUGAGAAUUUUUGCAUAAAAGAGCUGGACUCUGCGGAUUAGCACCCUGACCAUAUAUUUGAAGUUUUGGUUUCUUUGGUUGAUUGAACAGAACCAUCUGUCGUGUUCUGUGAUUUUUAAGUUUUUGUUGAUGAUUCUUCAACAAAUUCAUCUGAUGAUGGAUUGUUCUAAACACUUGUCUCCAAAUUAUUGACCGGUUGCUAGAUUGUAGUUUAGUUUAAGGCAAUUUAAAGGGGGAAUGAAUGAACUUUUGAAAUGCAACUUUGAUAUAUUCGAACUUUCUUUUUUGUUUUGAUAAAUUGAUAUAUUCGAACAUUUUACUGA